GUUAGUUUUUUUUUUUUACGCCAGGAACUUCAUCACGGUGGCGAAACUUUCAACGAGCGUUUGAAGAGUUUCUGCUGCGAGAGCCGGAGACUUUAUUAAAUCCGAGCAGCGGAUGAACAUACACUAGCCUUUAAACUCAGGAAACAUGGCAUUAAUCUUUCAUGCGAAGUAAGUGUUUAAUUACAGCAGAGUUUGGCAUGUUAUACAGUGACAGCAGUUCAUUCAGCAUGAAUGAAUGAAUCUGUCAGUCUCGGGAGACGCUCUGAACGCGGUUGAAUCGAGUGAAAAUGAGCGAUGAAUCAAAGCCAGUGGACGGAGAGGUGAAUGAUAAUAAAUAUUUCACAAAAACAGCCGAUGCUGAGGUGACUUUUGAACACCAAAACGCACCGCCUGAAACGCGUUUAUAUAAAAAGAGAUGGAUCAUAGUAUUAUUAUUCAGCUCGUAUUCGCUGUGUAACUCCUAUCAAUGGAUUCAAUACGGAAUCAUCAACAAUAUCUUCAUGCGCUUCUACGGCGUGGACUCGUUCACCAUUGACUGGAUGUCCAUGAUUUACAUGCUGACGUACAUUCCGCUGAUUUUCCCCGUCUCGUGGCUCUUGGAUAAAAAAGGGCUGAGGGUCAUCGCGCUCGUGGCGGCGGCUCUGAAUUGCACCGGCACGUGGAUCAAGGUGGCCAGCGCGAGACCGGACCUUUUCCCGGUGACAUUUUUGGGUCAGUUCACGUGCUCAGUGGCGCAGGUGUUUAUUCUCGGGAUGCCCUCGCGCAUCGCGUCGGUGUGGUUCGGAUCGGAAGAAGUGUCCACUGCCUGCUCCAUCGGGGUCUUCGGAAAUCAGUUGGGGAUCGCCAUAGGCUUCCUUGUUCCACCAAUACUGGUUCCAAAUGUGGACGAUCUGGACGAGUUAGCGGCUCACAUCAGAGUCAUGUUCUACAUCACGGCGGGAGUGGCCACCUUCCUGUUUGUGUUGGUUGUCAUUGUGUUUCAGGAGCGUCCGGAGAUCCCUCCCACCCAUGCUCAAGCCGCGGCUCGGAGGAUCUCUCCAGAGAGCUACUCGUAUACAGCAUCCAUCCUCAGGCUGCUCCACAACAAAGCCUUCAUCCUCCUCGUCAUCACUUACGGGCUGAAUGUUGGCUGUUUCUAUGGUGUCAGUACGCUUCUCAACCGAAUGAUCAUUGAACACUAUCCUGGAGAGGAGGUGAACGCCGGCAGGAUCGGCCUCACCAUCGUGAUCGCUGGCAUGGUGGGAUCCCUCAUCUGUGGGAUCUGGUUAGACCAAUCUAAGACAUACAAACAAACAACACUAGCCGUGUAUCUGAUGUCGCUUGUGGGUUUGGUGCUUUAUGCUUUUACCUUGGAUCUGGGUCACUUUCCUCUCAUAAACACUACACUAUCAUUCAAAAGUUUGGAGUUCGUACUAUUUUAUAAAUGGUUUUGA